AUGUCGUCUAAACCCAUUGUGCUCGUGAGUUCCGAAGGAGAGAAGUUCACUACUGAUGAGUCCGUGGCCGUGCAAUGUAAAACAAUCCACCACUUGAUCGAAGAUGGAUGUGCUGAUUCCGAUAUUCCUGUUCACAACGUCACAGGCAAGAUACUUUCAAAGGUGAUCGAGUAUUGUGAGAAGCAUGCCAAGUCACCAAACAACACGGAUGAUGAUCAGACUGAUGAGGAGCUCAAGGCGUUUGAUGCCGGGUUUUAUGAUUUCGUGAAUGAUCAAAAAACUGCUUUUGAUAUUAUGCUGGCUGCAAACUAUCUGGACAACAAGAGUCUACUGGAGCUAGGGUGUAAGAAAGUUGCUGAAUCGGUGAAAGGAUUGACUACUAGGGAUAUUCGCAAGCUGUACCGCAUCAGGAACGACUUCACUCCCGAAGAAGAGGCGAAGGUCCAAGAAGAAAAUGCCUGGUCUUUUGAUUGAUUGA